CCCAGGCUGCCUCGCUCGGGUGACGUCAGCGACCCGGUCCCCGCCGCCGCCGCUGCAUCCUCGGUGCCUGCCAGGAGCCGGCGUCCCCCGAGCCCCUCGCUCCGGGCACGGCCAUGGCUUUGGUCUCACUGAUGCCGCCGCUGCUGCUGCUGCUGUUGCUGCAGCCUCCACCUGCCAUCCCCGCUCCGCCCGCCCGCGACCCCUUCGCCCCGCAGCUCGGGGAUACGCAGAGCUGCCAGCUGCGGUGCCGCGACCGAUAUCCUGGUCCGCAGCUCUCGCAGGCAGAGCUGGAGGAGGGGGACCCUUCUGAGUCCCCCAAUGAGUAUGACAGGGCUGUCCUGAUCAGUGCUUGUGAGCGCGGCUGCCGCCUCUUCUCCAUCUGCCGAUUUGUGGCAAGGAGCUCCAAGCCUAACGCCACCCAGACUGAGUGUGAAGCAGCGUGUGUGGAGGCCUAUGUGAAGGAGACAGAGCAGCAGGCCUGCAGCGAGGGCUGCUGGAGUCAGAACCCGGAGCCGGAGCCUGAACCUGAGCCUGAACCAGAACAGAAGAGAAAGGUCCUGGAAGCUCCAAGUGGAGCUCUUUCGCUCUUGGACUUGUUUUCCACCCUCUGCAAUGACCUUGUCAACUCAGCCCAAGGCUUUGUCUCCUCCACCUGGACGUACUACCUGCAGACCGACAACGGGAAGGUGGUGGUGUUCCAGACCCAGCCUGUGGUAGAGAGCCUGGGGCACGAGGGAGCCCGUCUGCAACGAGUAGAGGUGACCUGGCGGGGAUCCCACCCUGAGGCCUUGGAGGUGCACGUGGACCCCGUAGGCCCCUUGGACAAGGUAAGGAAGGCCAAGAUUCGAGUCAAGACCAGCAGUAAGGCCAAGGUGGAAUCUGAUGAGCUGCAGGACAACGACUUCCUCAGUUGCAUGUCCCGGCGCUCGGGGCUCCCUCGCUGGAUCCUGGCCUGCUGCCUCUUCCUUUCCGUGCUGGUGAUGCUGUGGCUGAGCUGCUCCACACUGGUGACCGCACCUGGCCAGCACCUCAAGUUCCAGCCCCUGACCCUGGAGCAGCACAAGGGCUUCAUGGUAGAGCCAGACUGGCCCCUCUAUCCUCCCCCGUCGCAUGCCUUUGGGGACAGCCCCCCACCCUACAAGCUGAAGCUGGACCUGACCAAGCUGUAGGUCUUGAUUGGCCCGUGCAUCGCCCAGUGCAGGGGCUCCUUGGGCCUCGUUUGUCCUGUGCCCAGGAGUCCAAGUCAGGGUAGGACCAUCCUUGGGCUCCUCCACUCCCCCAUCCUUCUUCUUUCUCCAGUCCCACUCCUUGCCCCUCUGAGUCCUGGGAUCGCCAUGCCCCCAUAGGGCGGGGGGGGAGGGCGGGAUCUGGCCUUGGUCCCUCCUUGCUCUCCCCUUCCCCAGAGCUUUCUACUUUUGCCUUCUAUCUUGUAGCUUCUUGAGUAUUCAAUCCCCAGUUCUGUGCUUCCUCCCUCCCGCCUCCUUUCUCCCUUGGAGGGUGGGGGCUGAGGGCACAGGGGAACCACCCUGUGCUAGGGCACCCUCCUUUCCCCCACCUCACCUCCAGAGAUCCAGUCCUAAGAGAAGAGGCCCCUGCGAGAGUUGGUGGUGGGCAGGUCGAAGCUGGGAGGGCGGCUGAGGCUGGGUUUGCAACAUGGGGGUCGGGAGGAAUAAACCAUGUAUAUAAAAGAUA